UAUGGUCGGGUGCACCAGAGCAGAAAGACCCCCUCCUCUAAUCCACUCCUUACGCAAAUAAACCUGCAUACGUUAUGUGAGUGCUUGGAUAGAGGUUGGACAUUAGGAAUCUAGAAAGAGAAAGUCCUGAAAAAGGAAGCUGCCUGUGGUGGAUAUAAUCGACCGCCAUGGCUUCCACACCCUCCACCUCUGCCUUGUCUGCUGUUCUCCGGUGUCGCGGAAAUAUCUGGACCAGGAAUCCGCCGACGAAGCGGCCUGCCACCUCGGCGUACAGCCUCGGUCUGACCGGCGGCUCGCCAGUUGAGCGCACCCGGUCAAACCAGGCGUCAGCGUGGGAGCCUUCUCUCCAGGGAGACCGUGCACUGGUGGGAAGAGUUUAUAAAUCACCCCGGGUGGUUGGCAAAAUGUUGAGAGAAAAAGAUUCCAAUGAAAUGAAUACAUUGUGUCACCCAAAACCUUCGCAAUCCUCAGGGGACGCGCACUCAUCUGGUGUCCAAAACGCGCUGGUGCGUCAGCAGGCAAGCAGACUGACUUCUAACCUGCCUGGAUUAGACACGUGCUCUCAAAUAAUUCGAAAGAUUAAUUACAAAACAUGUUAUGCUACACACAUCUGUAAAAUAAUAUUUGUUCAGGAAACGAGUGAAUUCCCAGUUUUGAACGUGCUCAUAACGUCUCCAUGUGUGAUGGAGAAUGCAAGACAAAUACCGUCUUUCGUGUUAACUGGCUGGUCAACCCUGAAGAGUAGCUGCGUGUCUUUGACUGCUCUGGUGUCAGAAUUUAUGUUUUUGAAGCUGGAGGUGUUGUGGAGGUCCAGCAGCAGCCCUGAUGAUGCGCUACAGCAUCAAAACAUGAAAAGCAAUGCACUGCAGGCCAAUGGACAAAUCCACAGUUCCACUGGCAUCACCUCCUCCAAGGACAACUCCGGCUCUGGACAAAUGAUCCCAGAGAACAGACCUGACUGAGAGUCCAAGGCCUCAUCACCAAAAAUACACACUGUGAUCUAACCUUAUUUAUUGACUUUUACUUGGCUUUCAAAAUGCCCCAAAGCACAUUUGGACUUUGGACUUUUUAACCCAGUGAUACAACAACUGGUUGUUUUUAGAGCAGUUUUUUUUUUUUGCUUUAAGGAAAAGUAAGACAUUAUGAAGAAAUACCUGAGAAACAUCAGUCAUAUGCAUUGUUUAGUACAUUAGGCCUCCUGGUGGAGAGGUACAAAAAUGGCAGUGCAUUUUAUUUUCAAGGUUAACCUGUAGCUAAACAAAAACUUAUUUAGCAAACAUGGAAUGGAGUAAAAUUAAAAGUAGGCCUAUUACCUCUCAGAAUAUGGAAAUAUUCAAAUCAAGUUUAAGUAAAAACUAAAUGUGGAGGAAUAAUUGAAAUAUUUAUUCUUUCCUCUUGUGUUUUGAAGAUAUUUGCAUGAUUUUUCACUCUGAAAUAUAGUUUGGAUAAAAAAUAUAGAUCCCUACAAAUGUCCAAGAUCACUUGCAUAAAUGUAGCCAUCUUUUAUACUUUCCAGCUGUUUUAACAAUGUCCUGUAAAGUAUGAAAGACAAUCUCCCAAACAGCAUAUGCUGUUUGGGAGAUUGUCAUCAGUGUAGAUAAUGAAAUGAAAACCAAAUUUCUCCACUAAACCAAACACUUUGCCACUGACUUCUCUGCAGCUCAAGCAGAAGAUGUAUGCUGUUACAUAAGAUGGGACCUUUUCGUUAACAUAUUCCGACGCCACAGUGUGUGAAAGCAGACAAUAACUGUUUACAAAGACAUCAAACGCUGCUGUUUCUUAAUUAGCUCCACUGAGAGCCGCUCGGACGUCAAAGUGUUGCGUAAUUUCUCAAGGUGACAGUUGGGGCGGGACUUCCCGUGACUGCUCGCUACCCAGGAAGUCGUCGUGUUACUUUUCCUCCUCCUCUUCCAGUCUUGUGAGAAACAAGAUAAACUAAAGGGGUGUUAAGUUGCUUUUAUAGCCGAGAAACUAACAAGAGAACAGUUUCACAUCGGCUCCAAACCGUCCUCUCGGCCCAUGUUGUUUAACUUUGCUGCUUGUCAUCGAAGAAAUGGCCACAAAAAAACAGACACGCUCAAAA